AUAUCGAUUCACAAGGUCGAUAAAGUAACAACUAUUAGAGUAAGAAACUGGGAGCAGCAGUGUGCAUUUAUUUUGAUAGUAGUUUGUGUUGUCGUUCGUUUGAAUAAUAGUUGACGUGUGUAAGAAACAAAACGAAAUAAAUUUGUUGUUGUCAUGGCAGGGUAUAGGAGGGUAAACUAUUACGAACUGUGUCGGCUAUGUACGUCAAGUGAGGGAACAAAAAUGCAUAUUUUCCGAGAAGAAGGACGCAGGAGACAACUCCCCACAAAAAUUCAGAUUUGCUUACCCGUUCAGGUGUGUGAAGAUGAUUCGCUGCCUAAAAUAAUAUGCAACCACUGUGUGGAGAAGCUUGAAAGUUUUUAUGAUUUCCGUGAAUCUUGUGUUAAUGCAGAAGCAAUGCUGGAAAGUUACUUUACCUCACUUCGUUACUCUGAUGAUUUUACAAGAGAAGGAAAGGUGUAUGUCAAAGAUGAAAGCUCAACCAAAAAAAAGACAGCUGACAAUGAUAGUCUAGCAAAACAUCACCACAAAUCCAGUGUGACUGCAUCCACAGAUGGCCUGAACAGCUUAGUUCAGGCUGCAAGUAUUCAGAUUGUUAGUGAUGCUGAUGGGACACGAGUUCAACAGUACAAAUGCCAGAUGCAGAUGCAGCCAGGUAAUCCAGUGGCAACUGUUGUGGAAGCUGCAGCAACUGAAGCUCGUUACUCAUAUGAAACGUGCACAAACAGUCCCCGAAAUAAUGAGAAUCCUGCGCCUAAUUCAGAAGUAGGUGUUUCUCAACAAGUUUCAAAAGUCGAAGAUGGCAGUACUCAGUGCAGCGAAACAGACUUCAACAACAAGUCACCAGAAAACAGUGAUGAGGGUGAAGUGACAGCCCAUCAGCAUCAGCAGGCAGCAACUGUAGCAUUUGCAACUGCUGGUCCUGGCCAGGAAAUGCUUCUACACUUCAAUUUCAAUAAAGAACGAGAUGGGUUUCUGAGAUCAGAAGAUCAAGCUGCCUUGCAGAGAUCUUCAAUUGCACAGAUAGGAGAAUUUCUUCGCAUGAAAACAGCAAACAUUGUGGAUGGCACUGCACAGUCCUCAUUGGUUGAGAUUGCUGGAAAUGUUAGUAGACCCUGCAACCGCUGUGGAAAAAUCUUCUCAUCGAUUGAAGAGCUGCAAACUCAUUCUCCUUGUCAAGAAAAUAGUGAUGCAAGUGACAAAAAUGGAGGACCUGGUUGCAAUUAUUCAUGUGAAGUAUGUGGAAAACCAUUUAAAAGAAAAGAACAUUUAUUUCAGCAUCGUAAAUUGCAUACUGGUGAACGCCCGUAUAUCUGUAGUGUGUGUGGAAAGGCAUUUAGUCGUAAAGAACAUUUGGUGCGGCACGCAGUAUCACAUACUGGACAAAAAAUGCAUUCUUGUGAUAUGUGUGGUAAAUCCUUUAGCAGGAAAGAUAACCUUCAUAAACAUAGGAAAACACACGGAAUAUCAGGCCCUUACAUCUGUGAAACUUGUGGCAAAUCGUUUGUGGUGAAACAUUAUUAUUUAUUACAUAAAGGUAGUCAUUCGUCUUGUUCUUCAGCUGUCUCAGGUGAGGAACAAAAUGCAGUUAACACUGAAAACUCACUAAUGUACAAGUGUGAUAUGUGUUCUAAAAGUUUUGGAACAAAACAAAAUUUACUAGCACACAAGUUGCGUCAUCGAAACAAGACACCACCAGUCAGUGCAAAUCCGACACUUCAUAAUGUUUCUCAGCAGCAGACUCCUGUGCAGUUAGAAAGUAGUGUUGGUGAACCACACACUGUUGCCUUAUCUCACAAUGCUGCCCCACUUACAACUAUCAACAAUUCAGCAUUGUUGGCUCCAAACAUUUUACAUCAUGUCAACACACCAGUAAGUGGAGCCGCUUCGCAGAGCAAUGCUGCGAGUGCUGCAAUGAUUCAAGUGUCCUCAUCUGCUGCAGCCUACCUCUGUACUCCAGGAACAGUUGCAACUAAUGAACUCCUGGAAUCUUACCGACGAAUGCACUCAACGUGAUCCACGUAUUAAUUAAUGAACUGUGUUAACCUAUAGAGACUCCACAUAGGAUUCUUUUAUAGACUUCCUUCAGGAAAAAUGUGAGUUCCGUCUUUCAAAAUUUUUAACAUGUAAAAGUACAAUAAAGAACUGCAACUCAUCAAUUUAUUUGGCUAAGGUAAGUACAAAUUUUAAUUAACUAAUUUUAUUGAAGCUCAUAUUAAAGUUAUUAUUAUUUUAAUAACUACCCUUUGUACCAAAAUCAUACAGCAUGUAGUUCAGUAUCUUUAAUGUGUGGGGAGGGAGGGGGUUGCAGAUUUUUCUAUUAAAGUGUGGCAUAUAUAUCAUAUUAACACCACUAAAUAUUUAGCAGAUUGUAAUUUCAUAAACAGUUUUGAUACAUAUGUCUACAAGGCUUUUUGUAUCAGCAGCCCAUAUAGUAUUGAAAAUGCAAUUUAUACAUAUUUUUAAAUGUGUAUGUAGAAACAAGUUUCUACAAUUAUUUAUUUUUGUAAAUCUAUAAUUUAAAUAAAUAUUGGCUGUAUUUUAAUUUAGAAAGUGUGUGAUUAGAUGAUGAUUUGUGCAACCUUUCAGUCAUAAGCCAAGCGUUGUGUCUUUAGGCUUCGUGCACCAUCUCGAUAUAUGCAUUGUGGAACACUUCAGAAAAUGCUUGAUGCAUAAUGGAGCUCCAGGCUGAUAAGUGUAGUUUUCCAAUCUAAAAUGAUAUUAAUUUGACGAAACACCUUCUUUAGGAAGUUGUGAUAAAUGUAGGACAAUUGCAAGAAUGUAUCGAUGUGCUUUAUUCAACAACAUAACAUGUUAAAUUCAAUAUCCAUAACCAUUUAAAAGCUGUAUCAUCUUCGUCUACUUCUACUUCUUUGCAUUAACCCAACUAGUAUGUGAUGUGCUGUACUCAAAAUUAGGCCUUUUUUUUAAACUUCGUAGCCUGUUGCCCAGACUGUCGUCACAGUCAUUAGUCGCCUAAGGGAGGAAGUUUGUGUGUGCAACCUGUCUGUGAAUUGUGUGAACUGUGUUGUGUGUGUGAUCACAUUUCAACUGUUAAUGUGUCACAUUUUCUGUGGCAGAAAUUGAGGACCAGGCUAUAUUUGCCUAAAUGAGCAUGAGAAACUGCCUAAAAACAACACUCGGGCUGGCUGGUGCACCAGCCAUGGUCAUUAAUGAGCCACACUGGUUUGAUCCGUGUCUUAAGUCAUAUUCCUGUUUCACAAUGUAAUGUAUUACACUGUAUGAGCAAGUUCACCAAAAGCUGCACAUUGCAAAAUAAAUUUUCAACUUGAACUCUUAGUUGUGGUCAACAAUGAUUAGAGCUUCAAAUUAUUUAAAAAUAUGUGCUAGUGGCACAUUGAAAUUAUGAACUGGGCCAUAAGACAUGCUCAAAUGGCUUAGUCAGUACAUCAUUGCAUCUGAAAAGGAAAAAAAUUGCAUUCCAAUCCCAGUCUAACAAAGAGUUUUCAGAAAAAUUAUAGAUGAUAUUACUAGAACCACAGCUAGGACAUUAAAAAUAUUAAAUAUGAACUGCAGCUAUGGAAGGAUAAUUCAGUGUCUUCCUGAAUUAUUUCAGCUGUGAACCCUGAGGAACACCAUUAAAGCGAACAAAACCAUGAAACAGUUUACUACUGAUUAUUGAAAGAUUCAGUGCAGUAUCUAAACAUAUAAUGGGUUUAAGUUUAGCUUGGACACAUCUUCAUUCAUCAGAUCAAAUCCCUUCAGAGAAAUUUUUGAUAACUGAGUGAAACUAAAAUAUGUUUCACAGUUAAUAAAUUGACAUUGCCUUUAUUGAGUAUAGAUUGAUAGUACUUUAAAAAUAUCCAUUCAGUGUUAGAAUGGGACCCGAGGCAGUUGUUGGCAUCAUCUACAGCCAUGGUCAUCAAACUGCAGCAUGCGGGCCUCAUGUGGUCGAAAUCGAGAGUUCAUGUGGCCUGUCAUUCUCAGCCAUAUUUUAUAACAUGCUUCUGGCACCUAAAAGUAGAAUCUAAAAAGUCAACCAACUUUAAGGGCUUCUUAAGAGUGUAUUUUUCUUGUUCAGUAAAAAACAAAAUUAUGUACAAAUAGAGUCAUAUUUUAAGAUGUGCUUUAAUUUAAUUGACGCUGGUGAAUUCGGCCGUUUACCUCAGGGGCAUAGGGGAAGUAGCAAGCUCACUGCAUGUUAACAGAAAUGAGGGAAAAUUUAUUGUUUGCUUUCCAAUGCUGACAACUCAAGAGUGUGCACAAAUAAAUCCAAUCAGCUGCUUUGGUAUAAAUGCUAAACAGAAGUACACGUACUCAUGAAAGUGCAUUAUACAGAUAUGAUACAUGUGUGUAGUAAAAUCUUUUUUGUAUGCCAUGUCCGAAAGAACAGACACACUCAUGAAAGUGCAUUAUACAGAUAUGAUACAUGUGUGUAGUAAAAUCUUUUUUGUAUGCCAUGUCCGAAAGAACACACACCAUAUAUUCAUAUAACUGAAUCGCCUAGAUAGGCAAUGGAUCCACUAUCUUCUGUGCAGCUGCAGGAAUCUCAGAGUAGUGAGCAUGGAGGAACUGGACUCGGAAUAGGUGGCACUCAGUGGGAAUGUGGGUUGGCCGUAAGUUGUGCCAAGAUAGUUCUCCCAGUUGCGAUAACACUAUGUCCUGGAUGGCAAAGUAGUUAACACACCUACCUAGUAAGCAGAAGAUUCCGGUCCCAAAUCCUGGUCCAGUACACAUUUUCACUCAUCGCUACUGAUUCCACAUAAUGUCCCAUUGCAGCUGACAUCAGUAAUCCCUUCGCUUUCCUUUCAUUUCUCCCCCCACCCGUCCUCCUCCACGUGCAAUUAUUUAUGUAAACUCUUUUUUUUGUCAUCUGACAUAAAACAAGUCAUUUAUAUUAUUCUUGUGACCUCACUUGUGUGAAGAAUAAUAAUUUGUGUAAUAUCAAGGUUUAAACAUCUUUUUACCUACAAAUGUAGUUUAUUUUUAUUUAUUUCAGUCUGGAAGUUUCUUCUUUGAAUCACUAAUGCUGACAUGGUAUCCAAUCAGGAAAAGUGCCCAAGGUGUCCAUCCCAGUAAGAGUUAGUUAAUGGAAUUACAUUUUUCUGGAUACACAAUGAGUCUCAACGUUAUCUUUGAUAAGGAUAGAAGCUGAAGCUAUGAAUUAACAUUUGUGUCACUGCCGGGACUUGAACCUAGGUCUCUUGCUUACUAGGCAGACGUGCUAGCCACUAGACCACCAUAGUGUUGUGGCUACCACAGCUGCACAGACUACCAAUGUCAAACGCGUCCCUCAUAUGUCUCCAGAAAAAUGUAAUUCCAUCAGGUCAAUGGUUCACCUAUGCCUGAGGUACAGCCAUGGUUUCCCUAUUACAUAUAAAGCUAGGGUGUUAUUCCAGUGUUGGAGAGCCUCGGCAAUAGUGAUGUGAGAAGGGGAAAAUGGGCUGAAGGUUUGAAAUGGAGUUUGUGUUAGGGAGGGAAUUGGACUUAGGUAGUCCGUUCAGAUGUGGUAGUCGCAAUGCUAUGGUAGUGUAACAGAGGAGUACAGUCAGGAAUAAAAUAGAGAAAAAAUAUCCUAUUAAAGAUUGGAAUACCAUAUAGCAGAAUAUUAGUAACAAAGUUUUAACUAUGGCAGUAUCAUCAACAUGGUACCAGGUGGUUAAUGACAUUUUAGCAGCAAACAAGAGACUACACACUGUAGAACUCACUGACUGCCAUUUGUGUCACUGAUGUGGAUUUUUUGACAUGACAGUUCACAGAUUUACUUGCUCAGGGUAUAAUGCCUUAUGGACCCAAAUAAAGUAGCGGUUGGCAUUCCUCAGGAGAAAUGAUGGUAGAUUCAUCACUGUAAAUGAACUAGUUGCUCCAGAUCGGAUGUUCUUUCCAUGGCAAAAGACUAACACCAUAAUGUGGCUACACAGCAACUUUGUUCACACCAUCAUCCACAAAAAAGAACUCCAACAGCAUUGAGGACUACAAAUGCUAUAUCAUGAAGGAAUAUUACAAGCAGCUAACAAAAAAGAACCACAAGAAGAACUUUUGAAAUAAGUUAGAAAUAGUAUAUAAAAGGAAGGCACAGGGUGAAGUGGUGUUUGGAAUUUGUGUGAACGGAGACUUGCACAGUGUUAUGAACUAUGUCUGAACAAAUAAUCACUCAGUUCAUGAUAUAAUUGCUAAUUUGCUUUCCAUUAUGAAGACUAGUUCAGAUUUCUUUAUCUGCAGAGGAGCAUUUCAUUUGGCUAUAGCUUUGAAGGUUGCUGAAGGCGAAUUACAAAGAGUGCAAGGACAGGCUAUAAGGGGUGAUGGAAGGCCUGAAAUAAAUAAUUUUUUAAAAAAAUGGCUAGUACAUCUGCUCAGUUAGCAGUAGACCCAGGUUCAAGUCCCAGCUGUGGCACACAUGUUAAUUCAUUGCUUCAGCUUCUAUCCUUAUCAAAGAUUUUGUUACUUUAGUAUAUCAAGCAAAAUAUUACAGAUCAGACUGAUUUUCCAUCAUUUAAUAUAUGUAAAACUAUCAUCUGCCAGUCUGUCCCUUUAUGACAAUUUUGAAUUAAUGAAGUUAUAUUUCUUAAAACCAUCUCCAUUCUAUUAUAUUUGACCUAAUACAAAAGCCCGAUUCAAAAUGGUGUGCUGCAGGUGCCAGGUAUUCUUGCAGAUAUUAGGGUGUGAAGAAGAUGCCUAGAAAAUGUGCCCAGAAAUCAGAAAGACAAACAUGGGAUCCAGUUGCGAUUGCACUGGUCAAAGUACCUGCUUAGGUACAAAAAAUUGGUCAUUGUGUAAGCCUGCAGGAAACUGCAUCCAGUUCCAGUACUUUUACUUUUCCACUUAAAAUAUUUGGUGUGAUACCUUAUAAUACAAAAUGUUUAAAUCACACACACAUUUCUGAUGCAGCCUGAGGUAUUGCCCUACUUGUCAGUAUUGGCACUUAAGCAAACAAAGUUUGAUGACCACUGACCUAGAUAAUUAUUGUGGAACGCAGAGCUACACUACAAGUACGUAUUUGCAUAUUAAAACAAUCCAGGCAUUUCAGUUAUCAUAUUCUGAUAAUCCAUCAGCAUACACUGCACAUGUGGAACAUGUGAAUGACAAGUUAUUUCUCCACAUGUUCAGGUUGUCAAUUUAUUGAGAUGAUUGUUGGCUAUAAUUGCAUAAUGCUGUUGUAAUGACCAGCACUUAAUAUUAACAUGUCAGAUAGUUUUUUGGUUUGUCAGUGGACACAGUGAAAGGUAAAAACAUGCCAACAUCAUUUCUUUUGUCCUGUUAUCAGAGCAUGCUCCGAGGUGUGUACCAUGAUCCCUAAUUUCAAUAUAGCACUGGAAACAUGUCUGCGAGUUAACACUACCUUUCUGUGGUAUGUUUGGACUUACUUUCUAUAAAACCAGUGAAGAUGUGUCCAAUAAAAAUUUUGUUAGAUAUUAUAGUUUAGUAGAACAUAAACAAACUUUUUAGCUUCCUUCAUUUCCCAAAAGCACAUAUGAACAUGUUCAGUAACCAAAGGAAAUUGCUUUAUAUUUUUGUCUGUAUAAAUGUAGAACCAGGUUUGAUAGAAUCAUUUUUCAGCCUUUUCGAGAUAUAAUGAAAUUAAGUUGUCUACAAAUAAUAAUUGUACUUGUAGAAACAGUAAGCAGAAGUGUUUCAGCAAACUUCAACAGUAUUAUGUAUACCCCAUGUAGUGAAGUCACUGUUUAUAUGAAUAUUGCAGAAUGAAAUUUUAAUAUUCUAAAUUUAUUUUGUUCACUAAUCAUAACUGAUGGUGCACCUUGGCUUGUGAUUGUUAUGUUUGUACUCUUAUAUCAUUUCAGUGAUUCAGCAAUAAAUUUUAAAUUCAUAUUAUUAAUGAAUGUUUCAUCAAUGAGACAUUUGGCAUCUGUGUAUGCAUAAAUGUGUAUAUGUAAGUGAAAAGGUUUCACUGAGCAACAUUAUGAACAGUGAAUUUCUGCUUAUAGUGCCAGAAACGACAAUGUCUUGAGUUGUCAAUAAAAUCUGGACAGUUACAUUAAUUCCUAAUAUGGUACUCAUUACAUUUCAAGUGUUACUAAAGGUAUUAAAUAAAAGCUUAUUAUGAUCACACUAGUCAAAUGAUGCUACAAUUUAAAAUUCAAAUUUCCACACCUAUCCCACCCCCCACCCCCCUUGUCCUUGUCACUACCAAACUGUAAAGAUAUUAAUCAGCUUGAUUGCUUCCUCAAUGGGACCACAGAUCACUGUGUUUUAUGUCAGAAAUUAUAAUGCUGUUCUCAUACUACUUCCAAAUUGAAGGAGUUUCACUGUUACUAUAUUCGAUCCGUAUCAAUUAUCUUAUUUCUUUAUAUGAGGGCCUCUCUUUCCAAAGAAAUGAAAUGUGGGGAUUGUGUGUGAAAAACAGUAUCACAUUGUGUGAUGUAGUUAAACUUCAAAUAUGCAAUAUCAACAAUGUAUUAUAAUUAGUGCUAAAAUGGUACAAAAUGAAGUUGUUUAAUAAUCAUUUAUAUGGUAGCAAUUGUGUUUUGGAUAAAACAUGUCACCACAGAACAAACGCCAAAGUUUUUGUAUGAAGUAAUUGCUGUAGUUUUGGAGAGAAAAGUCAUUUCUUUAUAUUGGUUGAAGAAGCUUUUGUAAGCACUCAAUGGUAGUAGCUACCCAUGUUAAAUAGCUAAAGAUCAUUAAGUUGACAUCAAAACUAAUAACAGGCUCUGCAAUAUCGCAAGUAAUGAAACUUUUAUGUUCCAUUUAUUAUCCAGUUAUAAUUUUUGGGAGCACAAAGAAGUAAAAGAAUAAGGAAAUCAUUGUGAUAACAUCAUGUAUAUCCAACCUGGCCAGUAUUGCAGCAGUGUUCUGUCUCGCUUGUUUUGAUGAAGGACCCAAUUUGGGAUUUCAUAUUCUCUCUCUCUCUCUCUCUCUCUCUCUCUCUCUCUCUCUCUCUCUCUCUCUCUCUCUCACACACACACACACACACACACACACACACACACUUAGGUUGUUGGGCAUUUGCCAUAAUAUGUGUUAACAUUAUUUGUUUACACCAAUUUCAUAUUGAUUUUAAAAUAUCAUUGACUUCAUGAUUUGCAUAUUUUUGAGCUAUUGAAUUAUCCAGAAUUUAAACCUGUAAUCCUGCACUACAUCAGCCACACACUGGGGAAUUCCCUAUUGACUAGAUAGGAAAUACAGACAUUAAAUCACAAUGGAUUUAUCUCAAAAUCUGAUGAAUUUCUUUGUAAAGAAGUUAGCAUUUAUUUCAAAGAAAACAAAUCAGUUUAAAUACUCUUAUUCUUUUACUUUUUUCUCAUGGAAUAUUUAAAAUACGCUAUUUUUCCAUACAAAUAUGAAAGAUUUUUAAAAUUAUGCAGCAUUAUUUAACCCUUUAACUGCUCUGGAUGUGUUAACGCGCACACCUUUGUACCUGUCCCUGUGUGCUCUGAACGUGUUUAUGUUUAUAUCUCCCCAACUUGGGUAACUUGAGAGGAGGGUAAAAGAAAAAACAUGUUUACACCGGAAGUUUUCCUGAAGGUAACAAAAUAUAGCUGCAAUGAGAAGAAUGCAAGUCUCUUAUUCAAUUAUAAAGAUAUAAUAUAUUUGUGCUUUUAAAUGAGACUCAUAUCAGAUUAUAGAAGAGAUUCAUUUCCUGAGUUCAUUAAUUCUUUAAUUGAUCCUUCUCACUCAUUCUUCUGGAGUAAUUCAGUUCAUUUUUUAUUUUUAAAACUGAUGGCAAUGUCUUUAUCAUUAAAUAAUCAUUUGCUGAGUUGCAAAAUGCUCAACAUGGGUCCAUUCUUAAUAUAUCCCUUCUAUGUUAGCUUUAUAUAUUUGAGAAACUGAUCAUUAUUCCAUUUCAUAUGGAACACAUUUGAAUAUUUUACAAAGAACCUAGAAUGCAAGUGCAAAAUUCUUUGAAGGUACAUUAAGAUAUACUUUAUCAGUCAUGAAUGCGCAGUUUCUUCCAUAUCAUUAACAUAUUUUUAGAAACUAUUUUUUAUAGUUAAUCAAAUGUUACCUUUGAUAAAUAUCAUGCUGAUGUGCCAUGAUGAUGUAGGUUCAUCAGAAAUAGUUUAUGAAAUGGUUAAGUCAACUGAAUGAUUUGAUUUGUUGACACACAUUGGCAGGCUCAUAUUUAUCACACAUCACCUUAUUGAUCAGUCUUGUUUCUCAUCUUUAAAGGUUGUUUCUAAUUUGUUAUGAAUGUGUUAGAUCAUAAUAUUAUGUAAAAUCUGUUGACGCAUGUAACCCCCCCCCCCCCCACCUCCCACCCCCCCUCCUCUCUCUCUCUCUCUCUCUCUCUCUCUCUCUCUCUCUCUCUCUCUCUCUCUCUCUCUCUCUGUGUGUGUGUGUGUGUGUGUGUGUGUGUGUGUGUGUGUGUGUGUGUGUGUGUGUGUUUAAAAGGUUAUUUAAUGGUGCUGCAAGUUAACACCAGUUCAAUCAGUUUUUACUGUCAAAAUCUCACUAACAUGUUUUGGAUACAUUUUCAUAUCAACGGAGACCCCACUACCUUCUGUGUUCCAGUUAAAAAAAAAUUCACUAACAUUUCACCUUGUUGUUGUUGUUGUAUUCGUGAAGAUGUAAUUACUCCUACAAAAACUCAAGAAAAACAGAAGAAAUAAAACUGAAUUCUAAAAUGUUUUUGAAACCAUUUUGUAGGCCUUAAAGUACGAAAAUUUUAUAUAAAACACUACACAUCUUCCAAUCAUAUUUUAUCUACAAAAAGAUAACUGGAGUAAUGCAGUUCUUUCUCUGUUUGUCCAUUGUGAAACGGGAGUUUACCUUAUGUUUCUAUAAUAAAAUUCAUACAACAGUUAGGAUGUUGCACUAAAUUGUGUGCUUUAUUGUCUUGAAUCCGUUACAUCAGAUAAAAAAAUUUAAUGAACCGGUGAUUCUGAGAUUCAUGUCAUUUCACUAAUGAUAGUGCCCAGGUAGCAUACAAAUAACUGAUUGAAUCUUGAAUCUGUAGAUUGGUUCUUAGUUUGUAUGCAGAGGCAAAAUAAAAUCAUGUAAAGUCUACAUGAUUGUAGUUUUUGUAGAGUAUGCUCCACUCAAAAUGAAUUGGAUGGAUUAAUCUGUUUCACAUGUUCAUAUGGAUUACAAGUAAGUGUGUUAAAGGAAAUGACUGUGUACAUCUUUAAGUGACAAAUCUCAAUUUGAAAUCACAAACUCAGACGAAAAGAAAUUCAUAAAUGUGAGGAACAAAUCUCUCUCACAGCUAAAUUUUGCUUAAUCAUUCAUAUACAGUUUCUUUUUGUAAAUUAAUUCUUUGGUGAAUAAAUAACAGUGGGUUGUGAAUAUUGCAGGUGCGAGUGGAAAAGUUGUGUUCAUGUGCAAUUUUAGCUUUUAAUUGUAUGUGUGGUAGUACUGUAUCUGUUGAUGUUUUCUUGUGUUAUUCUGCCUGUCUGUAUUAUUUAACAUGGACACUGCCAUACUGCCUCAGAAUUGUGAGGUUACCUCAUAAAAUAUGUAUAGAAGAUUUUGCAGCACAUUCUCAUAAUGCCAUAGUCUCAAUAAUUGACAGCACUAAGAAGUUAAACACUAUGUUAUUUUUGCCUAAAGUAUGUCAUUGAAAACUGUCCAAAGCUUACAUUCAUUUGAAGAACUUGGUUGGUGGUUUUUUUCCUCUGCUCAUAUUUUAUGUAGAUUCAGAUUGAUUUGCAUUUUAACUUAUGGCAUACUAUGUUGUGGCACUUUUAAAGAGACUGCUUUCCAAGGAUAGAUUGUUUUAAUGUUUUCAUUUAGCUGUAUAGUUUGUGCAGUUUUUGGAAAGAUGGUUACAUAUUCUAAAAAUAUUUGGACAUUCUGAAUUAUUAUAAUUCAGUGUUGAUAUUUCAAUAUUUUAUGUAUACAAAAGAUUAACAUAAAUUUUCCUGUCAGAAAAUAAUGGGCAUUAUUAUUUUAUCUUUGGAGACUGUUGUGGAGUUUUGAUAAUGUAUGGACUGUAAACAGUUGAUAUAAGAAUCUAGAAACAUGAUUGAAAUUUUGUUUCGUGUAUUCAGAUUAGAAAAUGUCAGAUUGUGUAUUGGACUGAAGAACAAAUAUUUUUGUAUGUAUAGCUCCAAGAAUUGUACAGAAUUUGUUCUCCUCAAUGUAUUGCUGAUUAUUGAAUUGAGUAGUUUUGUGUUAGAGAAAUAAAUAGAUAAAUAAAACACAGACAAACAAGAUUAUUGUUUUGUCUGAAGGUGCACUAAGUCAGUAAUAAUUUGAGGAGACAAAUAGUAAGCUAUAUUUUUAAUUUGUAUUCAUAAAUGAGAUAGUAUGUAAUGUAACUGCACUUAAAUUUUUAUUGUAACAAUAUAGCCUUGGUAUUUUUCUUUAAAUAUCACACUUACUUUAGCUGUAUCAUAUAUCAUGAUAAAAUACUGUCACUCCAUUAUAUUUUCCUAGAAACUAAAUAAUAAUUAUAAUCAUAAUAGUGUUUUUUGAGAGUCUGCAAGGAUGUAUGCUAUAUGUAAUAAGCUUUCAUCUGCAGUAAAUGUAAAUGUGUUCUGAUCACAUUUUAGCUGAACAGCUACUAGCAGUGGACUAAAUAGUCUGUGAAAUAAAUAUUUCAUCCGAA